ACAUUGCUCAAGAUUCCAAAGGAAAUUUUAUUGUCGACGGUGACAAUAAUAUUCUCUGCACAUCCAAAGAUGGAUUGAAGUUUAUUUCUAAGAAUUCAUUAUUAUUGGACACUAAUGCAAUGAUCUGCCCAGUUGAGGACGAGUUGUAUCAGAUUGAAUUAGAUAAUUUAAAUGAUAAAGCAAACAAUGCCUCAAAUAUUGACACUACUGAUGAAUCAUCCACUUCAGCAACAACAAAUGAAUCUGCCAUAAUUAAAAAGAAUCAUGAUACUGAUUCUUCAUUUUCAUGGAAUGAUGAAUCUACCAGAUAUUUUUUAUCUUUAUAUCAAGAAAAUAGAAAACUUGUUUCGUCCAGGAAGUUGAAAACAUUAAAAGCAAUGUGGAUUCAUAUCGCUAAUACAAUGACAAAGUCUGGAUAUAAUGUAUCUCCGCUACAAGUUGAAAACAAAUUUAAGACGAUGGAACGAGCAUAUAAGAAUAUGGUGUCAAACAAUAAAAAAACAGGAAGAGGACGGGCAACAUGUAGUUACGAAAGUGCACCGCAAUCAAUACUCCAUCCACUGCAGUCAUUAGCAUACAAGAAAGUGACGGAUGACGUAGCAGUGACUAAUGAAAAUCCGAUAGUUGACGAACAUUAUCUGGUCGACGAUUUGUCUUGUUCUAGCAAUGCCUCUUCCUCAUGUAAAACAGUCCAAAAACAAAAAACAGGAAGCACAGCAAAAUUAGUAGCUUCAUGCCAAAAAACUCUACAAGAUUUAGCAGCUGACCGACGGGAAGAGACAUUAAAAAAGGAAGAUUUCUGCAAAGACUUUCGUGAUUAUAUGAAAAAAACUCUUGAACAGCGUGAAGUCGCAAAUAAUCUUCGAGAACGCAAAAACGUGUUAGUAGAACAUUUGAUUAAAAUGUUUGAUAAAAAAAAUGAAAACUUAGAUGAAAAGUGA